AUGGCGUACUAUCAACUACUCCUCCUCCUCUUCCCAAUCUCCAUCACCGUUCUCGCCGUCAUAAUCGCUUCCCGAUUUCUCGCCGCCCCUUCAUCUUCCAAAAAACCGCUUCCUCCGGGUCCAAAACCAUGGCCGAUCAUCGGAAACCUCCCUCACAUGGGGAGAAAACCUCACAUCUCCUUCCGAAACUUGUCCAACAUCUACGGCCCUCUCAUAUCCCUCCGCCUCGGCUCACAGCUCCUCGUCGUCGUCUCUUCCCCGGCCGCCGCCGCCGAGGUCUUGAAAACACACGACCGCCUCUUUUCAGGAAGAUACGUCCCCAGAGCGCUGCCUUACGACACGGCGGAGCUCGACCGCAAGGCGGUCGUGUGGGCGACAAACUGCAACGACCAAUGGAAGGCCUUUCGAACCAUGUUUCGAAACGAGAUCUUCUCGGCUAAGGCCAUUGAAUCUCAGGCAGCCGUCAGAGAGAAGAAGGUUGCCGAGAUGGUGGAAUUUUUCGGUGGGAAUUUAGGGGAAUCGGUUUGUAUCAGGGAAGUGGUUUUCGCUACUAUAUUUGAUAUGUUGUCCAAUCUCAUGUUUUCGCGAGAUUUCAUCGGGUUUGAAAGGAACGAGACCGCGAAUAGACUGAAAUCACUGAUUCAGAGGUUGAUAGAAUUGGGGGUUUCCCCCAAUCUCGCCGAUUUUUUUCCGGUUAUGAAGAAUUUGGAUCCUCAGGGUCUGAGACGCGAGGCAACUCGCCGUUGCAACGAGCUCUACUCUCUUUGGCAACGUGACGUCAAAGAGAGGAGAGAGCGCGGCGGGGAGAGAGAGCGAUCUGAUGAUACUAAAGAUUUUUUGGAUAUUCUUCUGGAAAAUGGACUCGAUGAUGACCAAGUUGACUGGUUGAGUCUCGAAUUGUUCACGGCUGGAACGGACACUAACACGGCUACAAUAGAAUGGGCGAUGACAGAGUUGAUUCGAAAUAGGGGAGUGAUGAAUAAGUUGCGGGAGGAGCUAAAGAGAGAAGUGUUGCCACUCAUAUCGGGGAAACCGUUGAUUGACGAAGCUAUGGCGGCUCGGCUUCCUUAUUUGAAUGCAAUCGUGAAGGAGACGCUGAGACUACAUCCGCCGGUGUCGUUGCUGCCGCCUCACCGAGCUUCAGAAUCUUGCGAGCUAUUGAAUUACACAAUCCCAGAGGGGGCUUAUAUUACAGUCAACGUGUGGGCAAUAGGGAGGGAUCCAACGGUGUGGGAUGAUGAUCCAGGGACGUUUAAGCCCGAGAGGUUUAUCGGGUCAAAGACUGAUUUUAGAGCGCAACAUUUUGAGUUGGUGCCAUUUGGUGGUGGGAGGAGGAUGUGCCCAGGGAUGCCAUUGUCUGCAAGGCUGAUUCCACUAGUUUUGGCUGCUUUGGUUCGUAACUUCGAUUGGUGUCUUCCCAACGAAGUAGAUCCGGCAAAGUUGGAUAUGAGUGAGAAAUUCGGGUUGGCAUUGCAAAAGGAACUUCCUCUUCGUCUGAUUCCCCGUCAGAGUUUAUUUUAA